CUAAUGAAAACAAAUUCCAUCAUGCUAAAGGAAGGAUAACGCAAAUGGUCGAACCUGAUCCAACUACUAUUAUAUGGAGAGAUCUUGACUGGAUCCUCGCGCAACCAGAUGGACUAAAUUCGAAUAAUGUCCUAAGUUACUUUGAGACGUCACCAUUUUGGGAUCAGCAGUGCAAUAACGCUAGUUUGAAAAUGCAAACGCGUUUUAAUGAUCUAAAGGAUCUCACCAUGCUUUUGAAGAAAAUGAAGGGAAUUGAAUUCCAAGUGGUACAUGAAAGGCCUCCAGCACUGUGGGUUAUUCGAAAGCAAAAGCGUCUUAGCGAAUGGGAAGCGUAUCAACAUGUUGAAUUUCAUCCUGCAACCGGAUAUACAUGGAAAGUCGGAGAUUCUCAGUUAGGAACAUCAAGUAGUAAAAAGUCUCGAAUAGCCCAACAAGAUCCCGCUGAAUUAUUGGAAUUUCGUAAUGGAGUAGAACGUGCAUUUAAAUCUACUACAAUUAAAAUGACACAACAAUUAAAUCAAGUUUUCGCGCAAUCCCAAGAGAAAAUACAAGAACUGACAACUGGAAGUCAAAGUGAUAUGACUAUUUCUGAUACAGUUCGUUGGCUUGUUACCUUUCAAACUCUGGAUCAAACGCUCGCACAGCCUUCAAGUCCCAACCAACCAAACGCGGAAUUGAAAAAUUACAUCUACAGUUUGCUUGUAAAGAAACUAUUGCAAAAAGAAUCUGAACAAGGUCUUGAAGAUAGAAAUAAUCAUCUUUGA